AUGUCUCCACACAACAAUCAAUGGGCAUGUCUAUGGAUCCUCUUGCUCGUUGCAUCUCUCUGUCUGAAUGCCCAGACAACAUUCGGACAUUCCCCAACAUUGGCCGAUGAUUUAUUACAAAAUUCCAUCUAUGUUCGCAUGGAGACUCAAAAUUCAACCAACUUUAUGGCAAGCACUUUUUUAACAGGUUCUUCUUCCAUGUAUCAUGCCACACGUAGUAUUUCUGUUGAAUCUCUCCAAAAACACUAUGAAUCCAAAGGAUGGAAGAGAGUGUCAUCUUUCCCUGAUCGAAUUUCUUCCGCUCAACAAAUGGUUCAUUUAACCUUUGCAUUGAAAUCUCAAAAUUUGGAAUGGCUUUUACAAAAGGCCAUGAGUGUGAGUGAUCCUUCACAUCCCGAUCAUGAAAAUUAUUUAAAAUUGAGUGAAAUUUCACAACUCACAAAACCCUCCUCACAACAUGUGGAAUUAGUCAUGCACUAUAUUCGAACCAUUCCUGGUGCUGUUGUGUUGCACGUGUCAAAACAUGAGAAUUUUAUUUCAUGUUUGUUACCAGUGUCAUCGGUGAACAAGUAUUUGAGAGCAAAUAUGCAACCAUAUAUGCAUCAAGAAAGUAGAACAGUCUUGUAUCGAUCCAUGGAUAUUGGUUAUUCAUUACCUUCUGAAAUUUCACAAAUUGUUUCAUUUGUCAGUGGAAUUGUUCGAUUUCCAAAUAUGAAACAUUUUAUGAAAUCUAAGAGUUCUUUGAAUACUGGUAGCAACAUUCCAAUUACUCCUCAAGUCAUUUGGAAGAGAUACAACAUUACCAUGCCAACCACGAUUAAUUCACAGAGUUCACAAGCUGUUGCCUCCUUCUUGGGUCAAUAUUUUAGUUAUUCAGACUUGUCCCAAUUUCAAGCAUCAUUUAAUUUGGUGAGACAAAGCCCAUCUACAAUGGGACCUAACGAUGAAUCAAAACCAGGUGUAGAAGCAUCAUUGGAUGUUCAAUAUAUCAUGGGAGUUGGCUACAAAAUCAAUACACUCAUUGUCUCAACACCAGGUAUUUCAAACAUUACUCAACAAGAACCAUUCAUUGAUUGGAUUAUUAAACAACAAGAAAUUGGAGAUUCUUCACCUUGGGUUCAUUCUGUAAGCUAUGGAGAUGACGAAAACACAGUCACCAAUGCCUUGGCUUCUCAAUUAGAUGUUGAGUUUAUGAAAUUUGCAGCAAGUGGAAGAACAGUAACUAUUGCAUCUGGAGAUGAUGGAGCACAAUGUAAUAACGAUGGAACAAAAUUCUCACCAACAUGGCCAAAUACAAGUUGGUGGGUGACUUCUGUAGGUGCAACUCAACCCUCUGAUCAAUACUGGGAAGAUAGUGUGUACUGGAGUGGUGGUGGCUUCAGUACUCUCUAUCAAGCUCCAACAUGGCAAAAAGAUGCCAUUUCACAAUAUUUGAGUAAGAGUGGAAUUCCACCUUCUUCAUUCUUUAACGUCCAUGGAAGAGCCUAUCCUGAUGUUGCUGCAUUGGGAGUGAAUUAUCAAGUAGUUGUUGGAGGCAUCAUGCGUCCUGUAGGUGGUACCAGUGCUGCAUGUCCAUGUUUUGCAGGAAUUGUGAGCUUGAUGAAUGAUGCUCGUUUCAGUGUUGGAAAGAAACCUUUAGGAUUUUUGAAUAUUUACUUGUAUCAAACAAUGGCACAAACACGUGGAGCUUUCUUUGACAUUACUCAUGGAUACAAUGCUGCUGCACCUUGUAAUGUUGGAUUCCCAGCAACAAGUGGAUAUGAUGCAAUCAGUGGUUGGGGUAUUCCUAAUUUUACCAUUUUGAGACAAGUUGCAUUGAAAAAGUAA